AGAGGCAGCCCGGGAGAGCCUGUGCUGCUCAGGAUGGCUACAGGGGAGCAGAGGCAACAGGAGCGACGCCGGCAGAGGGCUCGGCAGCAAGAGCUGCUCCCGGCAGAGAUCCCGGGCAAGCACCCCCUGCAGAACAGAUGGGCACUGUGGUUCUUCAAGAAUGACAAGAGCAAGAUGUGGCAGGCAAACCUGCGCCUCAUCACCAAAUUCAACACUGUGGAGGACUUCUGGGCGCUCUACAGUCACAUCCAGCUCGCCAGCAAGCUUGCAGCUGGCUGUGAUUACUCCCUCUUCAAGGAUGGCAUUGAGCCCAUGUGGGAGGACAGCCAGAACAAGCGUGGUGGGCGCUGGCUCAUCACCCUGGCCAAGCAGCAGCGGCACACGGAGCUGGACCGGUUCUGGCUGGACACGCUGCUGUGCCUCAUUGGGGAGAUGUUUGAUGAGUACAGCGACGAGGUGUGCGGGGCCGUCAUCAACAUCCGCGCCAAGGGGGACAAGAUUGCCAUCUGGACCCGGGAAGCGGAGAACCAGGAAGGGGUCACCCACAUCGGGCGUGUCUACAAGGAGCAGCUGGGGCUGUCACAGAAGGUGGCCAUUGGGUACCAGGCUCAUGCGGAUACGGCCACCAAGAGCGGCUCCCUUGCCAAGACCAAGUUUGUGGUGUGACUGCAGGGAGAGUGGGGAGUCUAUGGAAUCCCCAUUCACUGUCUCAAUGAAUUUCUGCAUUUGAGCACGA